AUGUCUGUGGAAAACGUGACUCUGGCCUCGGGCCACAAGAUGCCAUUGGUCGGAUUCGGAUUGUGGAAGGUGCCUGCCGACAAGGCUGCCGACAUCGUCUACAAUGCCAUCAAGCAGGGCUACCGUCUCUUCGACGGUGCUUAUGAUUACCAGAACGAGAAGGAGGCCGGCGAGGGUAUCAAGAGAGCGAUCGACGAAGGUCUCGUCAAGCGCGAGGACAUCUUCGUCACCACCAAGUUGUGGAACAACUACCACAAGCGCGAGCAUGCGCUGCAGAUGGCCAAGGCCCAGAACGAAGCCUGGGGCCUUGGUUAUAUCGACCUGUACCUCAUUCACUUUCCAAUCGCUCUCCCGUAUAUUGAGCCUGAGAAACUUCGGUACCCGGGAUGGUGGAUGGACGCGGAGCAAAAGACCAUCGAAACGGCCAGGGUGCCGCUCCACGAAACCUGGCAAGCUCUCGAGGAAGUCGUCGACGCCGGCAUCGCAAAGUCGAUCGGCGUCUCCAACGCCCAGGGCCAAACCAUCUACGACAUCAUGGCCUACGCCAGACACCCGAUCUCGUCGCUCCAGAUCGAGCACCACCCGUACCUCGUGCAGCCAAGCCUGACCGACCUGGCCCGGGAGAACAAGAUCGUCGUGACGGCGUACUCGUCCUUUGGCCCACAGAGCUUCCUCGAGCUCCCGCCGGCGUUCCGCGAGCGGCCGCAGCAGGUGCCGCUGCUGUUCGAGGCCGAGCCCGUCAAAAAGGCCGCAGAGCGCACCGGCAAGACGCCCGCCCAGGUCCUGCUCCGCUGGUCCACGCAGAGACACAUCGCCGUCAUCCCCAAGUCGAACAACGUCGGCCGCCUGCAGCAAAACCUCGAGGUCACAAACUUCGAUCUGACCGACGACGAAAUCAAGGCCAUCAGCGCCCUCGACCAGGGCUUGCGCUUCAACGACCCGGGCUUUUACCUUCACAAGCCGUUGCGCAUCUUCGCCUAG